AAUUAAAAGGUGUUGGUAACUUCACACUGAUGGCAUUUACUGAUAGAAUUUCAGUCGGCUGAAUAUCAAUUUAUUGAUGAAAUAAUUGACAAAAUUUUCGUUGGUAUUAGUAAUGGUCCUUUUUAAGUGUUUACCGAAGAAAUUAUCGACGAAAAUUCUUUCAGUAAUUAAAAUUAAAAUUACUGAUGAAAUUUCUGUCGGUAGACAUAAGUAAUAUGUUUAUGCUCCAUCUGCCUCUCUUGUGCCUCCCAUGUCGACCCAUUGUUGCCCAUUGCCGUUUCGACCCUCUCCCAUGCCAAUCUUUACCGUCAAGCCUCUCUCAUGCUGUUGAUCCUGUGCCAUGAGCCUUUUCGGUGCCAUGAAGCUUCUCCUCUUUCUUCUCAAGCCAUGCCUUGUGAAAGUUGUUGGGUCCUAAGCCCUGCCUUGCCUUGUGGAGGUUGUCCCGUGCUGAGUCAUACCGCCAAGCCUUUCUUUUCCCGUCUCGAGUUGUGCCAUGGAAGAGGUUCUGCCAUGCUCAGUCGUGCUGUCAAGCCUCUCUUCUCUCAUCCCAAGCUGUGCCCUACAGAUGUUCUCCCUUGCCUAACCUUAUCCGAUUUGAGUCGAGCUUGCCCCUUUUUGUCCACCAACAGGAUUGGUUGAUAUUUCGGUUACUGGUAUUGAAGGCGUUGCUUGACUGGAAGUUGGAUGUUGUUGUCA